AUGGCGGGGAAUGUAGUGGCUUCGGUGCUGUGCAGCGUUCUGUGUAAAACUCCCGUUCAAAGUGCAGGCCUAACGAGCCCUGGCCAGCCGUCAUGCUGCAGUGUGACGCUGCUGCAGGACAGCAAUGAACUGUUUUUCGCUACAGAUGCCGGGCCCGGCGUUGAAGAGGGGCACCAAUGCAGAGUGCCUCUUGGAGAUAUUGUCGCCAUUACGAUGCAUUCGGGACGAGAAGACGCUACAGCUGUGAAGGUGCAGUGUGAGGGAGGAGGCAUCGCUCAGCGGCGACGAAGUGAAUCCACAGGUACUCAGUGCGUCUCCCGCGUGCCGCUCACCUCUUCAGUUUGUUUGGAGUUGUUGGAUGGUGUUGUUGUGGAGAUGAGCGGCAUGCCAACCGCGGAGGUGCCCUCUUUUCUGCACGCCCUGUACAGUGGUUGGCAGAGCGCCAGCAAAGAGGAAACAGUGAUGAAGAAGCAGCAACCAAAACAGGAGGCGGAGGAGGAGGAGGAGGAGACACCACUCUCUCGUUUAAACCGAUAUAUCGCAACCAGGUUUCAUCCGUCCUAUCCAUCAAUUACAAAGCCUCCACCUGUAGCGAUGGCGCUCCAGUCACCUCGGAGUAAUGACGCGGUUGUGAAGAUCGGUGCAUCGGAGCCUGGGCAGGCGAAUAAAUAUGCCACUAUGCUGCAUGAGGGGAAUGACCGCCAACGCUCAGGUGAUGUACGCGUGGACGAACACCAUGGAAAUGUGCUUGUGCACCUCUCCGGUACUGGGGCUGUUGGACAGCAGGAGGCGAAUGUGAUGACUUGGAGCAGUGCAGGCACCUCUCGCGAGCGGAUAGGAGACGACGAGAAGAGCGGUCCUCCGCUGAGCUUUCCAGACCCGUGGCAGCCGGUCAUUCUGCAUCGCCUGCGCAAUACCGGGAAGUCGUCUGCUGAUCCAGGGCCUGGCGUCGAUGAGGGCAACACCGGUAAUGCUGAUGGUAGUGGUGGUGUUGGGAGACGUGAGACAUACUUGCUGAUGAAGCUUAAGGAACGGUCCUCUGAUCUCGAGAAGGCAAAAGCUGAGCUUCGCUUCGCGCGGGAGACAGUGGAGCGCGAGGCGGAGCAACGUCGCCGAGAAGAGCAAACGCUUCUGGAAAACUACAAACACCUGACGUCGGCGCAACGUGCCCUUAUGAACUUUGAUCUCUUGCUGGAGCCUCUCGUCACCGUAGAAGAAUUACGAAAAGAAAAUGGGGAACGCUCUGCGAGCAGAGAUGCAGUCCCAAAUCGAAGACCUUCAGCGUUUUUCAUUCAGCAGCUGUAUGAGCGCUCCGUCCCGCGUGGUAGCCCCGCACCCCAGACACCUCAUACACCCACAUCCGCGUCCCGUCCGGGGGAUGGUGGUGCCCAACACUGCAGCCCGCAGCAGCGACCUGCGGAGGGCAUUGUGGUGGGGUGUGUGUCUGCGUCUGGCCAGGCCUCACGGGGCAAGACCACGCCGGAGGAGGAAAAUCUCAGGCCACCACCGCUUCCACGAAGCCAUCAUGAAUCUGAUACCGUCACUCAGCACCUCCACCUUCCAGCAGGACGGUUGACGCCGCUGCCGCCACCCUCUGCCGAGACAUCCAAAAAUGACCCGCUGCCUCGGCGACCGUCAGAAGCAGCGCCAACCCCAACAGAGAAAUUGCCACCACCACAAACAGUGGGAAAGAUGUUUGUACCACCUCCCCCACCACCUCCGCCGCCACUAGCGGCAAGGAAAAUGCCGGCACCUCCUCCACCACCUCCACCACCACUGUCGGUAAGAUGA